AUGCUCGAUUUUCACUCGUACGUGCUGAGUCAUGUUGAGCAGUCAACGACCACGUUCACGGUGUCCUACCUGGUUACAUUAUUCUCGAUACUCGUCACCAGCGAAGUGGGCAUCAUCGCGUUGUGGGCGAAGAAUUCGCGCAGGCGAAACGCCUUUGAGCUGCUUUCGACGGUCGACAAGAAAAUCCUCGGUAUCGCGCCCGGUAGCCACUUGAGAGAUCUGAAAAGCCCGAAAGCGAUCUUCGUAAUCACGUCUGUGGUGAUGUUCACCGCAGCCGUUGCCAAGAACUUGACUUUCUGCGGCACCCUGGAGCAGCAUCUGUACGCCGUCGGUUCGUACGCGAAGAACGUCGCGAUACUGGUGCUCACGGGAAACUACUUGAACAUGGUUAUGCUCAUCCAACAUCGGCUGAGAAUUCUUGAUGACGAGCUUCGCAAACAUACUUACUUGCGAAGAUCGUUCGUGCUGACAACGACCAAUGAGGGACUGUUGUCCACUUCGUCCACGCGUGCCAUUGGCUGCGCUUCCCUGUGGUGUCCGCGAAACCGUAGGAGUUCACUAAUCGAUUUGUUCGGUCCGAGAGUUGAUCUAGAACUCGAUGGCUUCGUCACCCUGGUUGCCGCUGUAAGAUCAGCGUACAACAGUCUGUGCAAUAUCACUUCUUUGGUCAACGACGUCUACGGAACGCCCAUUUUUUUCUACCUGCUGACGUUUUGUGCAGUCACUACCAGCAACUUGCUGCACAUCCUGUUGUUUUGGUUCAGGCCGGCCUACAUCGGCAACUCCAGCAUUUCAUACGCCACACUUUUCACUUUCUUGCUGUGGACCGUUUUCCAUAUUCUCCAGACGCUGACGGUCAUUUUCGCUUGCAGCGCUACGAAUCGGUGGCGACAGACCUUGAGUGACACUGUCAUAGAGUUGCUUGUGGAGCCAGGAAUGAGCGACGACGCAUCGAAGGAGCUCACGCUAUUCUCAGACGUGAUCCGUAUGCGAAGACUGGAGUUUAGUGCUGGCGGCUUCUUCACUAUAGACAUGCCUGAGCUGUUUUCCAUGUUCUCCGCGACCGUCACAUACUUGAUAGUCCUUAUCCAAUUUUCAUCACCAUGA